AUGGCACUUCGUCUGGCGCCAUACAACAAUGGCAUGAGACUCGGCCAGGGAUUCAACUCCUACACCCAGCAGAUCUGUGUCGACGAUGCUGUAGUCACAGACCCUGAUCGCAUCGACAACCCAGUCACCAACGAUGGAUUUACCAUGCGCGACUUGAGGUUCGCUAUCAGUGGUGCUCAUACCACACACAGUCCCAGCAGCGAAGAGAGUGGCGAUGCUGUUCUUGUGUCUCCAGCAGGUGAGGAGGGCAACGAUAGCACUGCCCUUGCAGCUCGCAGUUUUGCUUUCCAAUUCCAGCAACGAGCCGAGCAGAUCAAGAAGCUCAUCGAGGAUAUCAAUGCCUACGAAACUGAGCUUGAGGACGUUUCUAAGGCCGAGACUGCUGAGCGACGAAAGAAAGCCCAGAUCUUGGAAACCAAGCGCAUCAAACUCUCCAAGCUGAAGACUCUUGAAGUGACUGAGGCUCUCAAGUCUGCUGAAUCCAAGGGCUUGGCUGAAGAACUUGCCAACCGUGGGCGAAGCCAGGUUGUCACUUACACUUCCCGAUUCGUCAGUAAGCUCAGUGAGGUGACGGACGAGAUGAACAUUUCUGGCUCCCUGUCCAUCAAGUAUGGCGCCAUUGGCGGCUCCGGUAAGGGAUCAUUCAUCGACUCUGACAAGUUCAAGGAGAGCGACUUGAACUUCUUUAUCAGUGUCAAAGUCAUCAACCAGUCAAUCAAUAUCAAGGAUGCUCUGAUCUUCCAAGCACUGCCCUCUGUUGACGAUAAGAACUUUGUUGACGUCUUUGGAGACUGCUUCAUCUCUGGAUUCCUUGAAGGUGGCGAGUUCAAUGCUUUGGUCAGCAUGAAGGUACUAAACAAGGACAAGAAAACCGAAAUUGAGGCAGAGGCUAAGGUUGCCAUGACCAUCGGGCCGGUUGAGCUCGAGGCCGAAGCCAAGGUAAAGGUGGCCAAGAACAACAUCCAAGCCAACACCGAGACCACAAUCCAAGUUGGUUGGUCUGGCGGUGGAAGUAUCAAGCCAAUGGACGAGCCUUGGAGCAUCGAUACAUUGAUGCAGACUGCGGCGAGAUUCCCAGACCUUGUUGCGAAAACCCCGCAGCGAACUUAUGCGAUCCUCACCAAGUACGAAGCUCUACGAAGCUUCAUGGCACUAAAGCCAGAGAAGCUUUUGCCUAUCAUGUACGAGAAUGCUGCAAUCUAUACCAACGCGCUUCUGGAUGCAUACAUGGACUAUAAGAAUAUCUACCGAAACAUUUCCUCUGAUCUCUUCGACAUUGACGCCGGGACAAAGAAAUUCGACAAGCCAAUGGACUCAGGCACUCUUGCUGACAACACCACCCUUACCAAGGUUGAUGAUGAGUCAAAGUUCUCAGCCAGUUAUAAAGGAAUGGAACUCGGCAGAAGAGCAUGCCGUUUCCAGAUGAUGAAGAUUGUCACUGAAGUGGAUCUUGUCACGUCGACACCCAAGCUGGCAACCGACGAAACCCGAGGUGAACAAUUCCAGAGCCCAGUUUCAUUCAGAGAAAGACUGCCAAAGGUUGUUCUUGAACGAACCCCCCGGAAGCUUCAAUUGUUUGGCGAUGAAGAACAGACAUACCACCCUCUGCUCGAAGGGUCAUCUGGUAGCAAGGAGGAGGCAGACAAGGUUGCCUCUCUCGUGGCGGACAAGAACGACAUCAGCGAGCACUUACGGCUAGCCCCUCCAAUUGGCUCAGAUGAGGGAACUCUGUUCUGUAACCUUGACUUUGUCAAACCUACCUUUGCUCUGCUGCAGAUCAUCGUCGAGAUCUCAGACCGUGGCGUUGUGAGUGGUAUGAGAACUCGAUACUCCAACGGUCUCGUGACCAAUCUUGGAGCUGUUGGAAGUGGAAAGCAAGUCACUUUGAACUUGCAUCCUGAGGACGGAGAGAGAGUCGUCGCUUGUUCAGUCGAAGUUGGUCGUCCCACUGAUGAGGCCAAUUCCAAGGAAAGGGUCACUGCUGUUCGUCUGUACACCAACCGUGGGCCUGAUCUCAUGGGUCAAGCCGACAACUGGCAGGCUUCUGUGGAAGGCAAAGGCCAACGUGGCAACACCUCCUUUGAAGGACUGACUUUGAAGCACUAUGACCCUUUGCUGGCCGGUGGUCAUCUCAAAGGCUUCUGGGGACGAAGUAUCAACACUUCAACCUCUGGUAAGCGAACUGGCCUGUACAGAAUGGGUCCGAUUUGGGGAGACACUCAGGACAAUUCCGUUGGGGCUGCGGGACUUGAGAGCGGAGAUGACAACGAGCAGGACAGACCAAAGACGGGAGGUGUAAGAGCACUCGAUAUUGGCUGGAAGACCGAGACCAACAUGGCCCGCUCCACGACAGUGCGAUUUGAGAAGAGUCUGGCCUCAACACCGAGAGUCAUCUAUGGACUUCGCCAAUUCGACAUCAUCUCUCCUCAUGGUCCCAACAUUGCUGUUGAGACUCUCAACCUUGGCAAGGAAGGGUUCGACCUCAAGCUACAAAGCUGGAACAGUCUUGUGUACAACACAGAAGCCAACUGGUUGACACUUCCCAACAACAGUAACAUCAACUUCCAGUACGGCGAACUGGACAGUUCAGAGCUGCCUGGUCGGGCGCCUACCCAGAACGCCAGCUUCCGCGUCUACUUCGCCAAGCCGUACAAGACCGAGCCCAAGGUGCAGUGCUGGUUCACAUCCAUCGUGCAGCCCAAGGGAUGGCGAUCUCUCCGAUGCACCGUCUCCAACAUCACACGAACUGCUUGCACCGUGAACAUGGAGACGUGGGCAGGACGACAGUUCGACCGCGCAAAGGUCAUGUGGCUGGCGUGGGACUCUGAGUACGAUGGCAAGAAUGUUCGCUCUGGCACAAACUUUUUCAAGAAGGACGCGCCGAUCAACGAUUUCCCCUGGUACAACGGGUCUUUUGCCAAGCAGCCUGUUGCAUUCGGGGCUCUCUGUCACAUUGACUUCCCUGAGCAGGCGACGAAUUUGCGAUGCUACGCAAACAUUGCUGAGGCUACUAAGGAUAGGCUCAAGUGGCAGGCUGGUACCUGGGCUGAUACAACGAUGGACACGACUGGUAUGGUAUGGAUCGGAAUGGACUAA